AUGCCUCUGGUUUGGUAUCCGAGAAAUUUCACGAAUCCAGAUGUGAGUCUCCAUAUGGAUCAAGUCAGGAUGAAUGAUGAUUCAUUGUACAGUGUGCAACUUGGGUUGUACGUGAUUGCAUACAGAGAGCACAAGGAUGACACCAUCAAAAAAUUCCGUCCCGAGCAUCGUGUGAUCUGUAGAUUGGCCACAUAUUCCAACCGUAAUACUUAUGAAUAUCGCUGGAAACCACAGGAAGAAAGAAUCAAUUUGUUCCAAGUCGAACAAUGGUACAUGACUGAUUGGGAACGACAAAAUGAAUUGUAUCAGUACCGAUUCGGAUACUUGAAGUUAGCUCCAUUGAAACCAAAUCAAGAACAAAAUCCUCAAUUGCUACUUUCUGGACUUGUCUCAUCUCCGAUUUCUCUUCAUUUCCUCUGGACCUCCAACAACCCACAAUUCUCCACCACAACGUAUUCUGCAAACGACGAAGCUGCUCGUACUGAAUAUGUCAAGAAGAAGUCUUUGGAAAUGUGCCACGAUUGGUACGAUGAGGAUGGUGCUCAAUGGAAUUUCAUCAGAGACAUUGAAACCAAUUCAUCCUGUCCGUGUAUUGAAAGACAAGCAAUUGCUGAUAUUGGAAGAUUCAUGCCACAUCCAAGAUGUUCUCAGGCAUUCCGUGAUAUCACUUGUACCACUUCUAUCGGGUCCAGAAAUUGUUAUAUGAGCUCUCAAAAUGUCAUGACCACUUUUGCCGGUGAUGGAAGAUCAUAUACUUCUGAAAACACUGCUCGUUUCCCAACUCAUUAUGGACAAGUGUGCUGUUAUGAUGAUUCAGGACAUUUGAUGCAGACAUCGUAUCAACCUGUCAUCAAAGUUACUCCAGACGUACCUUAUAAUCCUGGUUUCCCAAUGAGAGCUUACGAAUUUGGAACGGCGCCGUAUAUGGGUCAAUAUGAAGUUCCAGGGCUUUCAGCCUUCCACAAUGACUACAUGCCUUACUUCCUUUGUUGUAAAUUUGCCGACUUCCGAUGUCAAAUGUUCUAUUGGAGACGUCCGUCAUCUGGAUGUCAAGAGUAUCAGCCACCUGCAUGGGGAGAAGUUAUGGGAGCUGGAACAUUCAAUACUAUCGACAACGAUAAAUUCAUUUUCAAUGAACCAGGAGUUUACAACGGUAUCUAUAUUCCCAAAACAGUUGCAACUCCAGAAGUGAAAAUACAGAUUCGAAUGGAGAGAUAUCCAAACAGAAGAGUAGAUUUCAGUCUUCUCGGUCGAUACAUGGCUCAACAAGAUCUAGUUCAACCUACAAAUGCAACAGUUGUGACUGGUGUUGUUUUGGAAGCAACUGGAACUGAUCGUGUUCAUGUUCUUGCUAGAAAAGAUACGAGGCGAUUCAGAUACAGAACAUCUAUCAUUGUUGGAAACAUUCUCAGAUAUUUCGACACUAUGAGAAUCCAGAGGUUCAAAGGAGUCAUGGUCUAUGUGAACAAUGUUGAACGUGGUCAGCCAGAAAUCUAUGUGGUUCUUGAAGAAGCACAAAUUGGAAUCCGUGUCCGUGAAUCCUAUGCCAUCGAUAUUGAUCGUUUGUCUGAAUACCAAGAGUCUAUGGGAAUGCUGAAUGUUGCUGUUUCUGUGGCUCCUCAAUAUGGCGUCCGUCCAGAUGGAGACAAAACGAGAGAACAAGAAUUGAGACAACGAUACAAUCUUCCACGUGUCAGUGGAGUCUUCCGUCCAUUCCCUGAUCAAGCAUCUAACAGUUACAUGAAUACGUUGACUUUGCAAGAUGUCAACUCGGAACAAUACAGACAACAAAUUAUCCAAAUGUACCGAGUUCAAGGAUCAGGAGAGCAAGGAUCCGAUCAGAAUAUCAAUAAUCAAGGAAACAACUACGGAAUGCCAACUGAGAACAUGUUCACAACUUCCAGAGAUGAGGAUAAAAAGUUCGAAGUGUUCCCUGAAGCUCAAAUGAAGAGCGGACCAAUUUACAAAACAUCACCGAAAUAUGAAACGGGGGCCUAUCGUUUCUAUCCGGUCACUGGACAAAUAUGCAACAAUCCAAUACAAGUAAUUAUUAAUUUUAUUUUUCGGAAUUCAUUUUUUAAAUUUUCAGUCAACCUUCAACCUCUGCAGUCACAAUUGACAGCGGACUAUGGUCACACUCAAUGUCCUGAUAAUCCAGCAGCCGUCAUCCAAGAUUGUGGUGACUCUGUUCCAUGUCUCUACGAUUAUUCCAUGUUCAACGCCAAGAUUCUUGGACUUAAUGUCAAAAAUGAAUGGAACACUUUCACUUCUGAUCGAUUCGAUGCCUCUAGACAAUAUAACAGCUGUGGAGUGAUCAACAUUGAAUAUCCAGAAUAUCUCAUGAAGACGUCGUCACUUUCCUCCGCUUACAUGCAAGGAGAUGUUGCUCGUUUCGAGUGCUUCCAAUCGCAUUGGAUUAAGGGAGUUCAUGAGUACAAAUGUGGAAUUGUAGUGGACAGAAAUCGUCCGAACCUGAACGAGUACAGAUUCGAGUGGAACAAGGGAGAACAACCGUGGUGCAGACCCAGAGAAAUGGAGAAUUUCUUGAUCUGGCUUUCGAUUAUUGCCGGAAUUCUCGGAGUCAUCGUCUUUGUUAUCCUGAUCUUCUUGUGCUGCUGGAUUGUAAAACAAAAGAAGUUGAAUGAAGCGAAUGAGAAUAGGAGACAGAAUGGAAUGGAUAUGGCAAGCAGAAGUUCAAUGACAGGAAGUCGAGGAGGCAAGAAGUAUCCGAUUAACGAAUCAGAACCAUUGAAUGAGAAACGAUUCGAUGCGGAUACAUAUAGAGAUGAUGACUUCUAUCCACCAGCGAGAGAAGGACAAUACGCCCGUGCGGAGGAUCUACAUGGGUUGAAGACUUCUGUAUAA